UGCUUUUCUAUUUAGCUCUGCUUAACGGCAUCUACUUGUUUGUCUUUUCUUGACCCACUGCCUUUUUUUCUUCCCUGCUGUCACGUACUGUGUUGUGUGUGUGUGUGUGUGUCCAGCAAGUCACUGUCCCCUUCUCUUUUUUUAUUGGUGUAUCAAUCUCUCUCUCUCUGUCCCCUGUUUCUCAACCUCAUUCUGACCUCUGUUUCUGUGUCAGUAUCUCUCUCUCUCUCCCUCUCUCUCUCUCUGUGUGUGUGGCAGAGGGGCAGGUGCAGAGGGGAUGAGCGUGGCUUGGGCUUGGGGGCAGAUGGCACUUAGUAGUGAGUAGUUAGGCAGACAGUGGCUGGGAGGGGAGUUUAUAGUUUUAGUCUGCCGUUGCCCCCCUCCUCCUCUGGACGUGACACUCGGUGGAGUGGUGGUUGGGACAGUGACAAGGGAAGGGGGCACCUGCAGCCAUGGGAUGCUGUAGCGUGACCCAGAGGCACACGGGCGUUGGCAUCGACGAGGUGGGCCCAGACGAGAUUGAGCUUCUGGAGAUUGGCACAGGUGGCACAGGGGUCUGGAGUUUAGCCGAGAACAGACAGUCGGUGCAUAAUGGUUCGGACAAGAAAAGACACUCAGUACGCAAUGGCUCAGGUCUACCGCCACCGCCACCACCACCGGUUCGCUGCCCUUCUGUCAAACACCUCAUGCACGAGGAACCCAAACCUGUUGAAAGACAAAUAUCCUGCCAUGACAUACAGAUCCACCAAGAUCCCCAGGCUGUGUUGUGGGGGUGGAGCAAGGAGGAUGUGCAUCACAGACUAUACACACAGCCAAUCAGGGAAUGGGAAGGGCGAGCCGCGCACACGUAUGGAGACAUCAUCUAUUCGUCAGUGGUGACGCUUCACAACACACACACCAAGGCUAUGGGCGAGAGAUACCUUGUGCUCUUCUCCUUCCACCUCCUGAUCUUAGCUCUGGACCACACUCGCCACGACUUCAUAUACGAGGGCAUCCUCCCUCUGUCAGCUGUGGAUGUGCGUGUCAUCUCCCAGGACCCCAGCUCACCAUACAUGUUUGAGAUCAGCGGCCCCAUGGUGGACUCCAAGAUCUUUGUCUGUGCCAGUGCUGGCGACAGGAAGAAUUGGAUGGACAACAUUGAGGACAGAAGAUACAAAUCUCUCAGGCAACAGCUGAGCCCUUCGCACAGCGCACUGGCAUAUUUGCUGCCGUGCGACGAGACCUGGAAGAGAGAGGAGCUGAAGAGGUAUCUGCUUCGCGCGCCCAUCUGGCAGUGGGAGGGCACAUCGAUCCAGCACAUGGGCCUGCCACUGUACCUGUCCCUGGUGCACAUCACCAACUCUCAGAAGCAGGGGCCUCAGGAGCGUCUCCUUGUCCUCUUUCCAAUGGACGUCCUCAUUCUCUCUGUCGACAAGCAGCGCGUCCGCGUGAAAUACGAGGGGAGGUUACCAAGGAGAAGCAUCCAGGCCGUGGAUCGGUCGCCGUUGAGUGGGAGACUGGAGUUUCAGCUGACAGGUGAGCUGAUGGAGCCUCUGUAUGUCUUCUGUACGUACCCUGAGGAUUACCAGACCUGGAUGUUCCAGCUGCAGCAGCCUGAAAAGGAGAUACACUCCAUCGCCAGCCACCCUGCACCACCUCUGAUUCCAAAGAAGCGCAGAAGCUGAAAAGGAGAAUCUUACUCCAUGAGUGGACAAUAUUGUCUGUCUGUGAUCAACUGAUCGCACAAAGACAGCAAUGGACUCCUGGCGUUCUCCGUCAUCGUUGUACAAAUGUUUAGCACUUUCAGUAGAACUUAGUUCUUUUCCAGUGAGGUUACAUGGCCUCUACAUAUGUGAUAUUGUAUUUUUGAUAUUACAAAUUUACUGCUGCUCUUUAGAAGGAUGCUUGAAUACAGAUGGAAUUGUCUUGUGUACAUACAGUUUGACUAUGUUCUUGAAGAGUCCCAGUCCGGACUUUGAUAAUAAGCACAUGUAGAACAAUAUGGGGCUGUACUGUAAGUGCCGUAAUCUUACGCCUCCCCACCACAGGGGGCACUCAAGGACACUCUAUACAGGCAAAAAAAGCACACACACAAAAGAAGCUGCACUGUGUAUAAAACCACAGAGCGGGUAUAUAAGUCAUGAUGAGUGAUGUGAUGAAUUACUUUAAUUAGCGGCUGCAUUCCUUGGCCACCACAGCAGGGUGAAUUUUUUUUAUAUCUCUUUUUCACCACAGCGACAUAGUCUGAAGUCUAUACCACCCCUGCUGAUUUAUUACUGCUAGAAGGUCCUUGCCAGCAGGCAGCUCCUGUGACUUCAACUCUAUUUGUCACAAUAAAAGUGUUGCAAUUCA